AUGGAGGUUAAUGCUAACGAUAGUCGUGGAAAAGCUUAUGCCAAAAUUGAAAAGGGAAUUAGUAGUAGCACUGCUAAUUCUGUUAAAGAACUUGCCAGUAAUCAAUCUUUAAGUGUUGACUUUGACCGAUCAAAGCAUCCAAAGGCGGUGUUGAUUAUUGAUGUAGUUGGUAUGCCUGCAAGAGUUAGAGGUGGUGUAGCUGAUCUUAUUUCCAACAUUAAAAUAUCUAAAAUCCCUAUAAUUUGUAUAUGCAAUGAUCGAUACGGUCAAAAACUUAUUUCUUUCCGAUAA